AUGCAACAACCCAAUCGGUUAGGACUUGGUCUGCGUCCACCUUUGCCGUCAUACGGUCAAGGGCCCUCAAUAUCGGCUCUCGCACAGCAGCAGCAAAUGCACUCUAUGCCGCCUCCAGCGCAGAGGGCCGCCACACUAUUUGUUGGCUCCAUAUCGGGAGGAAUAACUGAUUCUUACAUGAACCAACUUUUAUCAGCAUGUGGUUUGGUCAGGUCUUUCAAGCGCCUCAUCACCCCCGCGAAUAAGCCACAGGGUUUUGGCUUCGCUGAAUACGAAGAUCUAGACGCGGCGCUCAGGGCUAUGAACUUGUUGAAUGGUGUUGAGCUACCGGCUCUGGAGGACGGAUGCGCGAACAAAAAGCUUCUGGUGAAAGCGGAUGAGAAGACGAAACUAUUGCUCGACGCACAUCAAGCUCAGAAGAUCGUGACAGAUGCCGACGAAGCUUUGAACAAGCAAGCUCGAGCCAAAAUCGACGAGCUUGUUGCUGACAUCAACCGCGUUUCGCAAGAUGCUGCCAACAGCGGUCUACUUGACAAGGAAAAAUAUGUCAUCCCACCUCAUCUUCACGAUCUCCAAGAAUCUGAUCUUCCAGAAACGCAACGUGGUCUUGUCAUUUCUGAGAUUGCACAGUUUCGAGAACGAGCUGCGAAGCGUGAGCGGGAAAAACUACGGGACGUGCAGGCCAGCAUUCCCGCAAUCGUCGGAGCCCCCAGUGGUCCUAAGACGAGGGAGUGGGGAAAACCCCAAGGCCAAACUCCAGCAGCAUCUUCAGGAACGCCAAAAGGUCACGGUAAAGGCGCACAGGGCUAUAACAAACCUGUGGGAUUCGUACGAGAGGAAGCUGCUGGCAAUCAGGAGGACUCUCGGGCAUCGUCACAUGUGCAAAAGACUGACGAGGAGCUGGAGGCAGACAGGAAAGAGGCUAGGCGGAAAGACGAGGAAAUUUCAUUUAGAGAUCGUGAGCGGCGCUACGAACCCAGAGAAAGAAACCGUAUUCAGGCUAUAGAACGAAGUAUCGCUCGUGAGCGCGCCCAGAGGGAAGCAGAGGAGAAAGAUCGGAUAGAAAUGAGGGCACGGUUGGACAUCUGGGAUGACGACGAAAGUGAUGAACUUUUCUACGUUGACCGCGCGCGAUGGAGACAUCUCCGCGCCCGCCGACUAGAAACCGAGGAGGCGAAUGAUGCCAAGUCCCGCCUCAUCGAGGAAGAAGAAACAGAAUACCUGCGUAAAGAAUCAGAGAGCUUCUUAGCGAGACAAAUGGACGAGAUGAAUGCAUUGGCAGAGGAGCAACGCAAAGCAGGGCUUCUGCUUGAUGACGGUGCGCCCGUUCGAUUGAAUGUCUCCAUAGCCGCCGCCCCUGCAAAGGAGCUCUCCAGUAAGGACAAGGCAACGGUGUUUGGGCAAGAGGAAGAGGAGGAUGAUAUCAAGAAACGUAAGGUUCCUUUGGUUAAGCUCGACUUCAGCGCCGCAGAGAGCAGCGAAAAGACACAAGAAAGGCUGGAGAAGAUCAAACUCUCUGUGCCGCACGACAAAGAAACUCUAUUCAAAGCGAAGGUCCGCUGGGAUGGUUUAUCCGAUUCCAUCAUUGAUAGGAAGUUUGAACCCUUAAUCAAACGUCAAAUGAUGAAAUAUCUCGGUGAGAUGGAAGAAGAUGAUUUAAUCAUGUUCGCACUGGAGCACUUGAAAGACCAUAAGAGCCCACAGAAACUUGUCGAGGGCCUCGAAGCGGUCCUCGAGGAAGAGGCCGUUGAGUUCACCGUUAGCAUAUGGCGCCAAAUCAUCUUUGAAAGCAUGGCCUACGGCGAAGGUAUCCUCACGGAGAAGAUGAUGGUAGACUAG